AUGGCCUCGGAAGCUGCGCUGCUGCUGGAGGCGGUGGACUUCGCGGCUCGCAAGCACCGUUGGCAGAGACGGAAAGACCCCGAGGAGACCCCCUACAUCAACCACCCGAUCGGGGUGGCCCGGAUCCUGACCCACGAGGCGGGUGUCACCGACAUCACGGUGCUCCAGGCAGCCCUGCUCCAUGACACCGUGGAAGACACGGACACCACCUUGGACGAGCUGGAGCGACACUUCGGGGCGCAGGUGCGGGGCCUGGUGGAGGAGGUGACAGACGACAAGGAGCUGCCCAAGCUGGAGCGCAAGCGGCUGCAGGUGGAGCGGGCGGCCUGCAGCAGCCCCGGGGCCAAGCUGGUGAAGCUGGCAGACAAGCUGUACAACCUGCGAGACUUGAACCGUUGCACCCCGAAGGGAUGGUCCGAAGAGCGGGUGCAGGAAUACUUUGAGUGGGCAGCACAGGUGGUCCGGGGGCUGCAGGGGACCAACCGGCAGCUGGAAGAGGCACUCAAGCAGCUGUUUGCAGAUCGGGGCCUGAGCCUGUGAGCUGGGCUGGAGGCCCUGGAUGGCCUUUCUCACCUUCAGCCCCCGGUAGCCACAGGGUUUCCAGACCAGACACUUGCCC